UUUCCCGAAGUGAAAGCUUUCAGACUAUAGAUUCUGGACAUUCCUAUAAAAUUUUAAAUAUUCCAAAUUCCCGACAAUGUUUGCCUUUAUUGAGGACAUAGAGAUGCCGCCCCUUGGCAACCAGAAAUCCUUUACUCCCAUCGUUCAAGCCGAAUACAUUGGCAAUGUUGCAACCUAUAUCGAUCAGAUCGAAUUCAACUCGGAUGUGCAAACGGCCCUCAACCUGCAGAACACGUUCCACAGGAAAUAUAGUGUACAGGCUUGGAAGCUGGAAGAGCGGAAAACUAUGAUAGUCAUGCGCCUGGAGGAUGCCAAAGCCAACUAUAAGCUGGCUGACGAGUUCCUACGCAAACCCGACGAGGAGCAUCAAAACCUGAUGCACAUAACCUAUGGAGUUUUCAGAUCGGUAACCAUACCGCCAGUGGAGAAGGUGAUCCUCCAAACGAACUCAAGUACUCUCCAGAUGGAAUUCACUCUCCCGGAGGCAAUUAAGUUUCUCAGGAAAGAAAUUACCAGACUACAGCAACAGCGGUUGCAGAUCGAGCACGACAUUGACUACCUGGAGGAUCAGGUGCAUGUCAUUGAGCUGAAUAUAGCUGUUUUGAAGAAAUACGAAAUGAGGCAGCAGCAACAGGAAACUGAAGGAUUUUUGGAUGUUAAGUAAUUAGAUGCCUAUUAAAUUAGCAGUUCUUUUGGUAUUUAAAAUGAUAUGUAAAUAUUGUAUAUAUAAUUUCAAAUUGAAUCUCAGAAAUGAACUUUGAAUUAAACCCGGGAGUAAGCAA